GUCGUUGUCUCCCUCCCUUGCGUUUGCUUCUCUGUAGCCAUGGCAACGAUACACGCCCGCACGGGCGAUGUGCAGGCUCUUAAAGUCUGCGCUGCUGCUCAACUCUUUAAGGCCGAUGUUACUUUCUCAGCGGUUCAAAGCGUCAAGGAUGUUGCCAGUAAGGGCAGUAAUCCUUUCGGCACGAACACAAUUCUUUUGGUCGCUCCGGCGGUGCAACUGUCUGAGCCAUGCGCCGCAGCGGCGUACUUAGCCGGCGGCUCCAGCUCCCUGCCGCUGAGCACCCUGCAGUGGCUGGAGUGGAGCGAGAGCUGCCUGCGGCCCGCCACGCUGCUGGGCGAGGGGGAGGCGCUGGCCGCCGCCCUGCAGCACCUGGAGGCCGCGCUGGCGGCCGGACAGCUGAACAGCGGAAGUGCGGGUCUGGCGGAGGUCGCUGUCUUCGCCACGCUGCUGCCCCUGGCGCUGCGUCACAAGCUCCCAGCCGCCCUGGACGCCUUCUGCGCCACCCUCGCCAAGAACGAUGCCGUACAAACCGCCGCCGCCGCCGUCGGCGCCACGCUGCCGUCCCCCGCCGACGGCCCCGUUGAUGAAGCCGCCGCUGCCAACCCCACGCUUGCCGUAUUCGACGCCGACGCCGUGGCCUACGCUGCUGCGGUGCCUAAGCGGCCCAUCCCCGGUCGCCGCAACAUCCUGAUCACGUCCGCGCUGCCGUACGUGAACAACGUGCCGCACCUGGGCAACAUCAUCGGCUGCGUGCUGUCCGCGGACUGCUACGCGCGCUUCUGCCGGGCGCGGGGACACAACUGCAUCUACGUGUGCGGUACGGACGAGUACGGCACGGCCACCGAAACCAAGGCUCUGGAGGAGGGGCUAACGUGCCAGCAGAUCUGCGACAAGUACCACGCUAUCCACGCCGACAUCUACCGCUGGUUCGACAUUGCGUUCGACCGCUUCGGCCGCACGCCCACGCGCGCGCAGACGGCCAUCGCGCAGGACAUCUUCAAGACUCUGCAGUCCCGCGGCCAGCUGGUGCAGCAGGAGAUGCAGCAGCUGUACAGCGAGGCGGCGGGCAAGUUCCUGGCGGACAGGUUCGUGUACGGCACCUGCCCCAAGUGCGGAUACGACGACGCCCGCGGCGACCAGUGCGACGGCUGCGGCAACCUGCUGAACCCCACCGAGCUCAUCAACCCGCGCUGCAAGCUGACGGGCACCACCCCCGUGCUGCGCUCCACGCGACACGUCUUCCUGGACCUGCCGCAGCUCAGCCCCGCGCUGCAGGACUACAUCACCUCCACCAGCCAGCAGGGCGGCUGGUCGGCCAACUGCGUGCAGCUGACCAACGCCUGGAUGCGGGACGGACUCAAGCUGCGCUGCAUCACGCGCGACCUCAAGUGGGGCACACCCGUGCCGCUGGAGGGCUUCGAGGACAAGGUGUUUUACGUGUGGUUCGAUGCGCCCAUCGGCUACAUCUCCAUCACCGCCGGAUACACGCCGGACUGGGAGGCGUGGUGGAAGAACCCGCAGGACGUUGAGUUGGUCCAGUUCAUGGGCAAGGACAACGUGCCCUUCCACACCGUCAUCUUCCCCGCCACGCUGCUGGGCACGCAGCAGCCCUGGACCAUGAUGCGCUCCAUCUCCGUCACCGAGUACCUCAACUACGAGGGGGGCAAGUUCUCCAAGAGCAGGGGCACGGGUGUGUUUGGCAACCAGGCCCAGGACACGGGUAUCCCGGUGGAGGUGUGGCGCUACUACCUGCUGGCCAACCGCCCCGAGCAGGCGGACACCGACUUCAAGUGGGCGGACCUGGCGGCCAAGAACAACAGCGAGCUGCUCGCUAACCUGGGCAACUUUGUAAACAGGGCGCUGAUGUUCGUGUCCAAGUUCUUCGAGGGGCGGGUGCCGGGGGCCACGGAGGCGGGCAGGGAGGCGGCGGAGGAGCUGGGCAAGGUGGUGGGACCCAAGGUUGCGGAGUACGUCGCGGCCAUGGAGCGCAUCAAGAUCAAGGAGGGCAUCCGGCUGGUCAUGUCGGUGUCCGCGGAUGGAAACAAGUUCCUGCAGGACACCAAGCCCUGGGUGGCGGUCAAGGAGGACAAGGACAAGUGCGCAACCCUGGUCGCUACGAGCGUGGGUCUGGUACGGCUGCUGGCGGCCCUCAUGGCGCCGUACAUGCCCUCCCUGGCGGCCAAGAUCCUGAUCCAGAUGGCGCUGCCGUACGAGUCCAGUGUGGCCCUCACGGAGGAGCUGCUGGCGGGCAGCUACCUGCCGUACAGCCUGGUGCCCGCCGGCCACGUGCUGGGCACCCCGGGGCCGCUGAUCAGCCAGAUCACGGAGGAGCAGAUCGAGGCGCUGCGGGCCAAGUUCGGAGGCAACCAGGCUGCGGACGAGGCUGCCGCCGCCGCUGCCGCCGCUAAGCCCGCCGCUGCCGCCAAGGGCAAGGGCGGUGCCGCUGCUGCUGGGGCUGCUGCUGGGGACAAGAAGGGCAAGCCGGCAGCCGCAGCUGGCGAGAAGAAGGCUGCCGCCGCUGCUGCUGGUGCGGACAAGAAGGCGGAUGGCGCCGCCGCCGCAGCUGAUAAGAAGAAGGCGGCGGGCGACAAGGCCGAGAAGAAGGCUGCGGACGGGGCGGAGGGGAAGAAGGCGCCUGCCGCCGGCGAGAAGAAGAAGGCUGCCGCGGCCCCCGCUGCUGCUGCGGAUGAGGGUCCGGUGGACGUGAGCCGGCUGGACGUGCGGGUGGGGCGCAUCGUCAAGGCGUGGAAGCACCCGGAUGCGGACUCGCUGUAUGUGGAGGAGGUGGAUGUGGGGGAGGAGAAGCCGCGGCAGGUUGUGAGCGGGCUGGUGCGCUUCAUCCCCUCCGCCUCCGACCUGGAGGGGCGCCGUGUGGUGCUCAUCUGCAACCUCAAGCCCGCAGCCAUGCGCGGCGUGCAGAGCCAGGCCAUGGUGCUGGCGGCGACCAGCCAGGACGGAAGCAAGUUGGAGUUGCUUGAGCCCCCCGCGGACGCCCCCCUGGGCGAGCGGGUGACGUGGCCCGGGUACGGUGGCGAGGGGCGGACGCCGGACGAGCAGCUCAACCCCAAGAAGAAGAUCUUCGAGACGGUGCAGCCCGACUUCUCCACGGACGCCAGCUGUGUGGCCACCUACCGGGGAGCGCCCUUCACCACCAGUGCGGGACCCGUGCGGGUGGCGUCCAUCGUGGGGGCGUCCAUCAAGUAAUGCGUGCGGUACGACAACAGUGCGGUGCAGUGCAGUGCGGUACGACAGCAGCGGCUGUGUUGCCGGGCGCACAAAAGCGUAUGGAUGACGUGUGAUAGAAGGUGGAGGACCGCAAGGGCAAGAUGCGGGGGUUGUAGAAGAGCAGACACGCCCCUGUUACAACUGAGGCGGCCUGCAACCUCUGCGCAGGAAGGCUUGCACUGGGCUGUGAUCAGAAUUCGGGUGCCGUGUGUGGGCCGAGUUGGUGUUACGGUUUCAUGAAUACGGCAUUGGACCCGAGGGCGUGCGACAUGACUUGGGGCAAGCAGCAACUCCGUAGGGGAAGUGGCAAAAGGGAAGGAAGCUGGUCUGCAGGUUAACGGUGAAACGGAUCCGGGGGUUCGGGGGAGCUAGCUAGCUGGUUGCAGCCCGCGGCCCGCAGCCUGUCUCUUCGUGUGAAGAUGACGCCUGUUGUGAGAGGCAAAACGGCUGUUUUUUGCUAGCAGGAUGCGGGCUGAUGCAGGCGGUUAGCGGUACAGCAGUUGCGUCGAAGGGGGGGAACCCCGGCUGCAUUAGCAACUGGUUUGCGCUUGGUGGCAGGAUGGUGGUGGUACAAGCAUUGCUUAGUAACACCAAAUCAAGGGAAUUUGCUGCUAGACCCGCUUGCACUGUGUGGGUGUAGCGAGCUAAGACAUGGUGUGAGGUAAUCGAUGCGCAGCAGCACCCUGCGUGCGUGCAGCUAAGCGAGCAUGUGUGCAUGUACGGGAAAGGCAGGUAGGCACGCACCCACCUGCAUGUGAGCGGUGCGUGCGGGCGGUGACGAGGAAGACGCGGUAACUAACCGUGCGUGUGGGUGUGAGGGCGCUUCCACAAGGUAGCUAGUAGCUUUGUGUGAGGGAACAUGACACCGGCAUACACCGAUGUAAGGGGUGUGUGUGUUGUUGUGUGCAUGGAGCGAUGGAGGGAAUUUGCUGCCGGGAGGGUGAAUCGUGGCGACUGUGUUAGGGCAUGAUUCCUACAAGCACACGACUUGUUGUACAAGUCCGACAUGUGCUGACCUGGCACCGCACACCUCUGACCUGAUAUAGUGCUUGGGGUAAAAGGCGGUCCUUAACUGCCUGCCUUUCAUGCCUUCUGGCUCGGCGCUGCGCAUGCCCACAAGGCAACGGCCAAACUGUACGGUGCCUGCUACCCUCUUCACACGUUAGACCGAAGCCAAGCGAGGCGUUGAGGACGGCUUUACGGCGACGCAACCAGAC